AAAAACCUCAAACGGACGAAACCUCAGCAACUCAUUAGUGUUUCAAUUCACUCGUCAUAUACUUUCUCUAUCAGUAUAAUCUUCUCAUCUUAAUUGCAAAAAAUGGGGACUUGCGCUUCUUCACACAUCUUGGGGUGGCAAAGUGGAAGAUUUCUGCUAAAGAAUACUCCGGCAGCGGCGCCGGCCAUGGUGGUCCACGAGAACGGCGAGCUACUGGAGUGUCGCCGUCCGGUAAAGGCCGCCGACGUUUUGUCGGAGAACCCGAACUGCUUCCUCUCAAACUCGGAGUCCAUGAGCGUUGACUCAGAAAUACCUCAAGUAUCGAAAGACGAAGACCUGCAGAUCGGUCAACUCUACUUUCUCCUCCCCAUUUCUAAGUCGCACUCUCCACUGACUCUUCAAGAUAUGUGUGGGCUCGCCGUCAAAGCCAGCACCGCUCUCAAUGCGUAUUUCACUCCGGUGGCCGGAGCUGUUGCCGGCCGCCGCUGCCGCCGCGGUUCUUACAAUGACAGAGUUUCUAGGCGGCGGCAUGUGGUCAGCUUAACUGACUGGACCUUGGCUGUUGUAACAAAAUGUUAAUUUUCCAAAUUAAACUUCCUAUCAACAAAUAUUUGUAAUUUUUCUAAUUUGUUCCCGGCCCCGUAAAAUGUUUUGUUUUUCUUCUAUAAUUCGGAAAUAUUUCGAGAGAAUUAAGGGAGACGUGUACGAUAAAUGUAAUAAGGAACAUCCGUCCAAGUUAUUUGUAAAGAGCUUGGGUGUACCUUCAAUUGUGACCGCACCAACUGAUACCUGCACCGAACCACCCCGAUCAAAAUGAGGAAAACCGCAUUGACCGGGUAACGGGUAUGAGGCGGGGAAUUUCCGUUUUAUUUUUACGGGUAAUGGGGCGGUUACGGUUUUAUACAUACCCGCCCCAUUACCCGCCCCAUUACCCGCCCCGUUUAUUUGUAGUUAUAUUUUUAUUAUAUUUUUAUCUAUUAUUUGUUGUUAAAAGAUGAGAUUUUUUUUUCAUUGUGUAUAUAUAGAUGAUAGAUGUACUAACUAUAAUGUAUGAACGAAAGUUCAUAAUAGAUUUUAAUAGACUUGUUAGAUAUUACCAUAGUUCAAAUUAAUUUAAGUUGAUUCCUUUCUUGUCUUGUAGAUAUACG